UUUAACACCUGGAUAGAUGCACUUGAAAAAAAUGGGCUCAAGAUUAGUAGAAAGAAAACUGAACAUAUGUCGUGUGUGUUUGAUGGCACUUCCGACGCCAGCAACUUUGAGAUCUACAUCGGCGCAACAAAAAUCCCUACUGUGUGCCAGUUCAAAUACUUAGGAUCCAUUAUCAGCAACGAUGGCAAGAUCGAUAAAGAUGUCACACAUAGAACCACAGUAGGUUGGCAAAAAUGGAGAGAACUGACUGGCGUAAUAUGCGAUAAGAAAAUGCCAAUAAAAGUAAAAGGGAAAAUCUAUAAAAGUGCAAUAAGACCCGCUCUCUUAUACGGCUCGGAAUGCUGGGCAACAUGUAAACAACAAAUAAAUAAAAUGCAUGUUACAGAAAUGCGCAUGUUACGCUGGUCAGGAGGAGUCACACUGUUGGAUAAAAUCCGUAACGACUUUAUUAGAGGGAGUUUCAAAGUCGCACCAAUAUCUGAUAAACUUAAAGAAAAUCGUCUCCGGUGGUACGGGCAUAUUCUACGUCGCCCAGAAGAUCAUAUGGUUAAGAUAGCCCUAAAUAUGCCGACACAAAAACGAGGAAAAGGAAGACCACCUGCCACCUGGCUGACGACAGUCGAAAAAGACAUGAAAGAUGUAAAUACAGACGCUGAAAUAGCCAAAAAUCGUGGAUUAUGGAGGAAAAGGACAAGAAAGGCCGACCCCAAGUAAAUGGGAAAAGGUCAAGGAGGAAG